GAGCAAGUCCGCCAGUCGCGAUCCAGGACAGCGACACCUCACUCUGAAAUCACACUACUAAACCCGAAGUGUAACCGCUUAUCGGAAGGACCGAUAGCCCACUCUGACUUCAGCGUGGGGCAGCCAGGCACGUUGCUGAAAGAAAACGAGACACGGGAAAGGUGCUGUCUGAGCAACCAUCCUCACUUGCCUCGACCUCUUGCGACACAUUCAUUCACCUCUUGCCCGCGACACGAACACAUUCAACCCCGCUUCACGUUUCUGAGCAACGAGCUCAACCAAAACACCACUUUUCCAAGCAUCUCCUACCCAGCAUGGCUCAAAUCACGUUGAGUCCGCCUUCAAUGCCAUGGGGAAAGAAGCGCAUAGCUGUCAUGACCUCGGGAGGUGACUCCCCGGGCAUGAGUGCAGCUGUGCGAGCUGUUGUGCGUCAGUCGCUGGCCGCUGGCUGCACCGCAUACGCUGUUUACGAGGGCUACCAAGGUCUGGUCGAUGGCGGGGACAUGAUCCGAGAGAUGAAGUGGGAAGACGUGCGAGGAUGGAUCUCAGAAGGCGGCACACUCAUUGGCACAGCACGAUGCAAAGCAUUCAUGGAGCGUGCAGGGCGGCUCACUGCUGCGAACAACAUGAUCGAGAAGGGCAUCGACGCUCUGGUCAUCUGCGGUGGUGACGGAUCAUUGACAGGAGCAGACAAGUUCCGAGCAGAAUGGCCGAGUCUCAUGGACGAGCUCGUGUCCACCGGCAAGCGCAAGGAAGACGACGUGAAGCCAUACAGACAUCUCAACAUCGUUGGACUGGUGGGCUCGAUCGACAACGACUUGAGCAGCACAGACGCGACAAUCGGCUGCUACAGCUCACUCGAACGAAUUUGCCAAUCGAUCGACUACAUCGAUGCUACUGCGCUCUCGCAUCAGCGUGCCUUCGUCAUCGAAGUCAUGGGCCGACACUGCGGAUGGUUAGCACUCAUGGCAGGAGUGGCUUGCGGAGCCGACUUCGUCUUCUGUCCAGAGAACCCACCUUCGGAGAACUGGGAGGCGGAGAUGUGCUCAAUCGUGAAAAAGCACCGCCAAAUGGGCAAGAGAAAGACUAUUGUGAUUGUUGCGGAGGGUGCUCACGAUAGGAAUCUGAACCACAUUACGCCUGUCAUGGUCAAGGAUCUGCUGUCAAACAGCGUCGGUCUCGAUACCAGAGUGACUACUCUGGGCCACGUUCAGCGUGGUGGUCCUCCUUGCGCAUACGACCGCAUGCUUGCAACCCUGCAAGGUGUUGAGGCUGUCAAGGCCGUACUCGAAGCUACUCCGGAAACUCCGUCGCCUGUUAUCUGUAUCGUAGAGAACAAGAUCGUACGGAAGGACUUGAUGGAAGCUAUCCGACUGACCAAGAAGGUUGCUGAAGACAUCGCAAAGAAGGACUUCGAUGCCGCGAUGAGAGGACGAGAUGCGGAGUUCGCGGAAUUUCAGCAAGCGUUCAAUAUCACGACAGCAACAGACAAAACAGACAUGCUGCUCCCUCCGGAGAAGCGUAUGAGGGUUGGUAUAAUACAUGUGGGCGCGCCCGCCGGUGGUAUGAACGCCGCGACUCGCGCUGCUGUGGCAUACUGCCUGACCAAAGGCCACACGCCAGUGGCUUUGCACAACGGCUUCCCUGGUCUGUGCCGCCAUCACGAUGACAAGCCACUUGGCUCGGUGCGUGAAGUCAGCUGGCUGGAAGCUGAGAACUGGGGCUCGAAGGGUGGCUCCGAGAUUGGCACGAACCGCAGUCUGCCUUCUGAGGAUUUCAAGACGGCGGCUUUCUGCUUCGAGAAGUACAAGAUUGAUGCUCUAUUCGUCGUCGGUGGCUUCGAGGCCUUCACGGCCGUCUCGGAGCUCCGCAAGGCUCGUGCAGAGUACGACGCAUUCAAGAUCCCGAUGACGAUUCUGCCUGCGACUGUGUCCAACAACGUUCCUGGCACUGAAUUCUCGAUCGGCUCCGAUACUUGCUUGAACGCCCUGAUUAGCUAUUGCGACGCCAUCAAGCAGUCUGCAUCUGCAUCUCGUCGCCGAGUCUUUGUGGUCGAGACCCAAGGUGGUGCUUCCGGAUACAUUGCCACACUCGCAGGCCUUUCGAUCGGAGCGGUCGCCGUCUAUACGCCAGAAGAAGGCAUUCACCUCAACAUGCUUGUCGAAGAUAUCAAGUUCCUCAAGGACCAGUUCGCCAAAGACGCAGGCCACACCAGAUCUGGCAAGAUCAUCCUUCGAAAUGAGAAGGCCAGCAAAGUCUACACGACACAGUUCAUUGCCGACGCUAUUAAGGAAGAGUCCAAUGGAAGGUUCGACUCAAGAUACGCUGUGCCAGGUCACUUCCAGCAAGGUGAUAUUCCGUCGCCAAUGGAUCGUGUGCGUGCUGUACGUUUCGGUGUCAAGUCCUUGCAAUACCUCGAAUCUUUCGCCGGCAAGUCAAAGCAAGAAAUUGCAGAUGACCCAAUGUCCGCGACGGUCAUUGGAAUCCGAGGUGCACGAGUCAAGUUCAGCGCCAUGGAGAAGAUCGAGCGCGAGGAGACUGAUUGGAAGGAUCGUCGACCAAAGGAUGAGUUCUGGAUGGGCUUGACUGGCGUGGUUGACACUCUUUCUGGUCGUCCUAAGGCAAAGCGCUCGACGAUGCCUAGCAGCCCUGCCGCACAGGGCCAGGAAAAUGGCGCGGCCAAAUAAGUUCUCUGAUUGCGGACGGCUUCUGAGCGUGAGAGUUUUGGCGUUGUUGAGUGGCAUCCUCCAGCGAGCGAGUGACCCAGGCCCAGUGCCUCUUGAGCUUUAGAUGUUAUUUCCUCUCCCAUGUUAUGACCUUGAAUGAGAAAAGUGACGAUUGUAUAUUCCAUCAGCGAUCUCUCAAACAGUGCAAAGAUGUUCUAGUCUUUCGUGAAU